AUGAAUGACGGCUCAGAUUUUGAUGCUACUGCGACCUCGUCUGCUGCCCAGCGACAGGUCCGCGUGCAGCUCACCAGCAAACAAGAAGAUAUUGCGCUGCCAGAUAACGCUGGACCAAUCUUGGUUCCUACAAGUUUGCGACGAUAUGCGCUUUCGACACUGGUGAACAACCUCCUCGGUAACGACAAACCGAUCCCAUUCGAGUUUUUGAUCAAUGGUACAUUUCUGCGGACUUCGAUCGAUGAAUAUCUGACCGCCAACGGUAUCUCUGCGGAGACGACUUUGGAGAUUGAAUAUGUCAGAGCAUUGAUUCCCCCGCUGCACAUUGCAUCCUUCCAGCAUGAUGACUGGGUCAGCUCGACUGAUGUGCUCUCUGCAACCUCUCCCGCUUCCAGCUGGGCAUCAGCAACAAUUUCUCAAGGCCAGGAGAAGAUCCUUUCUGGUAGCUACGAUGGCUUGCUUCGGGUGUGGAACAUGUCAUCUCAGAUUGUCGCGACUUCCCCAGCGGCCGCCGAUGGGGGGCAUACGGCAUCCAUCAAAGCGGCCAAAUUCGUUACUCCGAACCAGAUCGCAUCGGCGGGCCUCGAUCGUACAGUCCGUCUAUGGAAGUAUUCUGAGGGUGAAGGAGGGUUCACAGGCACAAUAGCUCCCCAGCUCGAGCUGUACGGACACAAGUCUGGCAUUAACUCUCUGGCCGUGCACGCACCCUCGAAUCGUAUACUCUCCGCCUCCUCAGAUCAUAGUGUCGGCUUCUGGUCGACCAAGAAAUCGGACGCCCCCGCCGCGCCAGAGGACCUGCUGCCAUCGGCCGCCUCGAGAAGCUCUAAGAGGAGAAAGCUGAACUCUUCCGUGACUGUUCCCCAGCGAGGGCCAUUGGCACUUUUGUCCUCGCACACCGCGCCCGUAUCGGCUGCUAUAUUCGAUGCGAAGGACUCGACAGUUGGUUACUCGGCUUCUUGGGACCACUCGUUGCGCACAUGGGACCUUGUCACCACUACUCUGGUGGACACCCGGACGACGUCUCACUCGCUGCUUUCCCUUGAGCAUCUUCCGGAGCUCAGCCUGCUCGCUGCGGGAACAUCCGCGCGUCACAUUACUCUCAUUGACCCCCGCGCAUCAGCGACGACAAUCUCCGCGUUGACAUUGCGGGGUCACACGAACGCCGUCGUCUCCUUGGCUCGCGACCCUCACAGCACAUAUGGUUUGAUCAGUGGGAGCCACGACGGCACAUGUCGCAUCUGGGAUAUCCGUGCCACGAAGACCGAUAAAGACGGUGUCGUUGGCGAGAGCGUCUACUCCAUCUCACGGAAGAGUCUGGAGGAGCAAGGAAAGUCUGAUACUAAGCGCGUCGGAGGGGAAGGUGUCAAGGUCUUCAGUGUUUGCUGGGACAAGACAGUCGGCAUUGUUAGUGCGGGAGAGGACAAGAGGGUUCAGAUCAACCGGGGCGAAGGCGUAUUGUCGGCAUGA